AUGAUAGAGGUAGAUUCAUCAGAAGAAGAUAUUGGAGACAUUGUCAAAGCGAUGACAAAGAUGUUGUUUCCAGUAACAUUGGUCCUGUGUCUGUGCAGUAUGCAGGCCGCCGGACUUCCGGUAAAGACGUACCAUCGGGGGGAUGACAUGAUACAGAUCGACAUGACAGUUGAUCGUGGUGUCAGCAGUGAGGCCGAGGAUGACAAGGUUUCUCCAGAAAUACGGAGCCCCAUCGCCAACGGGCAGGGCAAUCGGCUGCACUUAACAGGACUUAGGCGCAGGAGGCAGUUUCCCAACUGCACCGGAAACGACGUUAGUUGCGAUUCAGUAUGUACUGCCUUUCCCAUGUGUCCUCUGUCUAAACGGUCAUCCCAACGAUCGCGAGCCCCGCUGAACAGUCGGCUGUACUUAACGGGACUGGGGCGCAGGAGGCAGUUCGGCUGCAGCUUCAAGAGGUGGCCGCUACUCAGUCUUAUUAGAAACGGCCAAUUCAAGAGGUCGACGUUCCUGAAUCCUGUCGACAACGAGCAGAUCAAGAGGCCAAACUCCCACGCAGUCUUGGCUUACAAUUCGGCUAUCACAAACGACGAGGUCGAUUCGGCCCUCAACGCCAUCUUGGAGCUAGAGGGGGAGUGA